UUAUCAAAAAGUUUCAGUGGAAUAGGAAAGUUAUCACUAUUUACGAUCACAUUACCGGUAGUUAGUAAUCAAAGAAGUAUUUCACAUAACAAGAAUUUUAUUUUCACAUAAAUCUGAUUAAAUUCUUUAAAAAAGAAGAAAAAAACCACCAUUAUACCAAUUAAUCCUUUGUAUUAUCUAAUGAUUUCAUUUUUUUUUUAAAUCCCAAAGUUAAAGAGCAAUAAUUGGAGGACUACAAAUCUGAGAAUAAAGAACUUUACAGUCUUAUUUCCCUUUAUAAAAAGUAACACUUGAUGAAAUCUAUUGUAAAAUGUACUUUUAAACUGUAGUAAACCCACUUCAGGUGAUGUUUUUAUUUUAGGGCAAGCUGUAAAAGCAAACAAUUUCAUUGUCUUAACCAUGUUGUAUUUCAAUGAGAAUAAAUUCAAUUUUAUGAAGCCAACAAUAAGAAUUGAAUAUCUUUAAAAAAGAAAUUAUGUAGAAUAUCUUAUUAAAAUAUCAAACUAACACAGACUUCCUUUAUGAAUUUAUUUCUAUAGAUUAAAUAAAUCCUAUGAGGAAAGAACAAGAUCUGCUUGAUUCUCUCUGACUGUCACUUGAAUAGGGAGCCUCUGUAGAUUGAGCAGUAAAUCCUCCAGAGUGGACUGAUGUGCUGGCAAUCAGUAAAUGUGUUGGUUUUAUGGUUCUAUUUUUGGGACAUCAAGGCAGCUUAUAAAAUCCUACUUGUUUCUGUUUUGAUGUUUGUUGAGACUUCAGAGUUAUAAACCUUGAUUGUUUGCCCUGCACCUUUAGCAUGGCUGUGUCCACCUUAUAUUGACAGUGCACCCAGCACUGAUUGUGAUAAGUCAUUUGUUCACUGCUGUGUAGACUGACCAAAAGGAAGAUGCUUGGAAAAUGGCAAACAUCCCUUCAGGCAUGGCUAAGGUUAAGUCGUCUAAGUCAUGAUUCUGCAGCUUCACAAACUAACAACAGCGACUUACUCAUCAAAGUCCACGCCAAUAACUAUAUCCUAGCUCAUGAACACUCAAAUCCCCCGCUGGACUUACCCCCCUACAGAGUGGCAGGAAUCAUCAUUUUGUGCUUUCUGACAGUUGUCAUGGUGAUAGCGAACCUUUUAUCAAUAUGUACCAUAGCAACCAAUCCUAUUUUACGACAGUCAUCCUACUACAUCUUUGUGUUUAGCCUGGCUGUUGUGGAUUUUCUGAUUGGUGUGGUUAUAAUGCCAAUUUACAUAAUAUGGGAGUACUUUGGUGAGUGGCCAUUCAAUGGGGUUUCCUGUGACAUUGUGACAGCUCUAGACAUAGCAUUUAGUGACAUCUCCACAUACAGCCUGGUACUUAUAGCUGUAGAUAAGUACAUCUACAUCACUCAACCAUUUAUAUAUCACAGAAAGAUAACUGUAGUCAGAUCCUGCCUACUCGUAGCAAUUGUCUGGAUCGUCUGGAUCUUGUUUGGCUUCAUAUCCAUGUAUGGAGGCAUUGCUCUGGACAGUCAAUCCAAAUCUCUGUUUUCAGACCCCUGUAUCUUCAUCAUGGAGGAUAUCUACAAUGGAGUCACUGCCUGUGUGGCCUUUGUCAUACCAUUCACCAUUCUGACAUACACAGGGGUUAGAAUCUACUGUAUUGCUCACCUUCACCUGAGGAAAAUUUCUCGCUGCUAUCCCGUUCCUCCAGUCAUUGACACAGCAACAUUCGUCGAGUUGGAGACACAUCAACCUCAGACACUUGAGAAUUUACAUGCUGGACAUCUUCAACCUAAACAACAUAACAAUGGCUGCAGGUCAUCAGAUGCUUCCAUCAGAUCUGACAAUCUGAAAAAGAGGACAAGAUUCUGUAAACCACUUGGAACAGUAGUGACAAGCAUUGUUUUCUUUUUGUUUAUGUGUGCCCCCUAUUGGAUUGCCACAGUAUCCGACAUUUUCUGUCACUGUGUAGCUCCCUGGAUCUAUGAGGACAUUUUAGCUGUUGUCUAUAAUCUGAACUCUCUAGUGAAUCCUUUUAUUUAUACCAUGACAGAUCGCCCAUAUAGAGCUGCUGUAAAGAGACUGCUGAUGAAAUGUCAGGCUGCUUUAUGUAAGAGGACAAGUUCUGAUUCACACAACAGCCAAUCUGGGGUGAAGAAAUGAAUUAUGAAAGCCAUUUAAAAAAAAGAAACAUGAAGGAAAGAAUGUGUAUAAUUAUACUUUUGUAAAAUCCAUAUAUGAUUAUCAGUAAUUGCAAUUUGGGAUUACUUUCUAAAAUAAAGGUACAUGUACAGUGAAUAGCUGUCUGGAUGGAUGCAGUUUAAGAGUUACCUUAACUUUUUUUACAUUCGUUUUAAGACUGUUCAGCUCUAUAAUUAAUAGAAACUGACUUUACUGUUUAAUUAAAGCAUAGAAAUAACAAUUGUCACCUUUGUACCAUAGUGCAUACAAAGUUGUGUCAAAAAAUGGGGGUUGGGGGAGGAGAGAAGGGAUGGCUAAUUAAUACAUGUAACACACAAGUUGUUAUUUAUAAAAUACUCAAAUUAAAUUCCAUUGACACAGAAUUAUCUUCAUAAAAUAACCAAUGAAAAUUACAAGACUUUUUCCUUCAGUCAAGACACAUCCUAAAACCAGAUCCCCUUAAAAUGGGUACUGUAAUCAGUUUGCCUACUCGAUGCCCAAUAGUGGAAUAAAUUUUUAAAAAACAGAAUUUGUGAAAAUUUACAAUAUUUUUUAAUAAAACUUUCUCCCUAUCAACAUCUAAAUAAGGGCCUUGUUGUUCAUCCUAUGAUGCACUGAUAGUUUUUCUGCUUGUCUUACAGUAGGCAAUAAGUUUAAAAUAUUUAAAGCCGACAUGAAUUGAAUUCAUAAAAAUGCAUGAUUUCCCUUUUUUAUCUCCGACUACCGCCAUAUUAGUUGUCGAUCUUUAUUGUUUUACUCAUCGCUACAUCUACCCUAUAUAAGGCAGAGAGCAUUAUUUAUGCUUCACCGCAUUCAGGUAUUUCAUACACUCAAACACGUUACCUUGGACGAAAAGACGUGUAGAAUCGCAUUCUGGACAAAAAUAAUAUGACAAUCACUGCACUUGCACAUUGAAAAUUUGUGCAAGGUGUCAUGAGUAUUUCUGAAUGGAGAAAAGAUGUAAAGAUUUCGCAUUAAAAUUAAGACUGUAAGAAAUCUGAUUUUUGUUCAUGUUAAAUACUCUCGGUAAAAACUGGUGAAGUGUCAAACUUCGAUUUUUUCCCUUACAGUAUACACUAAUUUCAAUUCUACUUCAUUGACAGGUAUGUGUAUUUUUGUAAAAAUAAACAGAAGGUGAUGGAAACAGUGACCUGGGACGGACUGUAAACUCUGCACCAAUUAACCAUUUUUCGUCAUUUUUUGAUGAUUUUUAUUAAAAUGACAUCUGUCAGUCAAAGUACAUAAAUACAAUAUAAUUUAAUUCUGGUUGUAACACGCUUUCUGAUUGGCUAAAAAAAUAUUUUAUAUCGUAUAAAGAAUGUUGCCUACGUCAUAGUAAG